UUUUACCUGUGGGUGUGGUUUCAAGACCGUGAGAAAAUACAGUGAGGCAGGAAGAUCUAAAUUCACUUUGUGGAGAAAUCUGAAGUUGUAAGCAGGCUAACUUUGUGAUCACUAUCCAUGUCAUUCCUGGUAUGCGGUAACAUUUUGGCUUCCUAAAUGUUAGAAAAAAUAUUUGAUGAUUUUUUAUGUUUUUUGCAUUCUACCAAAAUAUUGACAUAUUUAACUAUUAGGAAUGGAUAUUGGUCAAGCUCGAGGACUCAAAAAAUUAUUAUUAUUAGGGGUAGAUUGUUCAGGCACUGGCCAGGAAAAUAUUCCACUCUGUUAGGGACAUAUAGAUAGUUAUCACAACAUGUUAAUAAUGUAAAUGAUAAACAAUAAUUAGAUUUUCUUGGAUAGUAUAUGUUCCUUAUGCCAUCUAUUUAUUUUUUUUUAUUUUAUGAACAAUAACAAAACAAUUAUUGAUGAAUAGAAUAUGUGACCACUCACGGAAAGUAGGGACACAAGUCGGUUCUGGGGCAUUUUGAGUUAUUCGCAUAUUCUGAAAGUGUAGAUAAUAUUUGUAGAAGUUGUGGCCAUUUGAAGGUAGGCACUCAAAAAAGCUCAAAAGGGAGAAAAUGGCCUCUAUAGAUAUGUGCAGUUCUCAACUGUUCUCACCUGCUGGGAGUGACAACAGGGCUGAAAUAUGUAUUUAUCUUUUUAUAAAACCUUUUUUUGUCAAAACUCUAUUUGAACUUGUGCAAUGUAGAUAACGUUGCAACACACUCCUUUAAAAUCUGGCCAUCAUUUUUUUUAUGUUAAUGUAAACAAAAAGUGUUUUUUGGCAAGUGAUACGAUGCUAACGAUUACAAUUAAAACGACAGUCCUCAGCAAGCUAAUAACAAUAGGUAGGUAUGGGAAGGUCUAAACAUGGACUAAACAUGAGAAUGACUUGAGGGUGAGUCAUUAAUGACAUCAUUUUCAUUUUUGGGUGAACAAACCGUUUAAGGCUGAGAACUGGCCCCAAUAAUAAAACUUCUUUUGGUCCAGUUCAGGACCAGUUAAGGGUGAUUAACUGGCUGAGAUUCAUGCCGGUUAUGGCCCUUGUGUGGCCUUUGACUUUAAUCCAGUUCUGGGCCACUUCAGGGCCGUCAUUCUUUGCGUCACUUGGACCAAAGGAAAAGUGAUUGUUUGGCCCGGAUCUGGGCCAGAAGACAUUUGCUAUGUGGGUAGCUAACCUAUAUUAACAGAACUUACAAUUAUGUCAGAUUUGUUUUUACAUUUUUUAUUUUAUAGGACAAACAUUCUCCAUAAUAUAGCCUAACAGGGUGGAAUUUUAAGGGUGGGACAAGCAGGAUAACAUUUCAAAAAUAAAAACAGUUAGGAGGGAGAGUUGAAGCUUACCUCAGUUUGUACAGUUAAAUUCCAUUGGGGAAAAUAAAUUAUGUCACUUCUUGAAAAUGGUAUCAAUGAUAUUUAAAUGAAAGUAUGUACUAACAAGGUGGAAAAGGACUUUAGGGACACAGUAAUUGAAAAAAGAUAAAGUAUGAUUAGAGGGAGUUUAGCCUAGUCUAUGACAUAAUUAAAACAUAUUUAGAGUUUUUUUUAAUAAUUUCAUGGUUUAUAUUUCUUGUGGAAGUUGAGGACAUGGACAAUGCAAAUAUCAAUAAAGUAUUUAUAAUUUCUAUUAUUCUGUUUAAGUGAUAAAAAAAAUACCUAAAUAUAAAGUUUAAGCAAUAUCUUAUAAAUAUGUUACAUAUUUUAAAGAAAAUAUGAUUUAAAAAAUCGAGACAUAAAAGUCACUGUGUAACAGGAAUGACCCAUCCACCAUUUGACUUGGGCCAUGAAACCUCUUUGGCUUGACAUACUCAUUUCUUUCUAAUUCCCAUGAUAAAUCAUUAACUGUGUCAAGAUUGUACUUAUGUUCAUUAGUUGUCUUGGAACUUGCCUAUAACUGUUUCUUCUCUGUAAUUCUGCUUAUUUGACUUUGUCCCUUUCUUUAAGCAAUCAGUAUUUCCCUGAUCAAGGUAUGCCAAUUCUCCUAGAUGAAGUUAACUAAAUUAACUGGUAACACAACUAACAAUGAGAAUUAUUUUACAGUAUUUAGUAAUUUAAAUACUGUUAAUUUACGUAUGAUAAUAUUUCUUUUUUUACCUACCAGGAUGUAUAAACUAGCGUCAAUGUUUUGAACAAAGUGCUGAACAAACAUGACUAAACUAUAAACAGUAAUAGUUUUUAUAAAUAGUACUGUUUUUCUUGUAAACAGAUAUGGCUGAACAUACAGACAGGAUAACUAAGAUUUGUGGGCAGAAACCUGGAGGGAAGAAAAAAACAGAGUAAAGAUGUCAUGAAAGGAGGACUGGAAAAAGAACCAACCCAAUAUGAAGACAAGGAUCAAAUCAGUUUGGAAAACAUCAAUAAGCUCUUGAGUAGACUCAAACUCAGUGAUGAAAGCUCUUACAAACUGAGGCCAAGAUACUUUCUGCAGGUAGCUCCAUCAAUACAACGGCAUGAACCUUGUAAUGAGAAGAAUUUGGUUCAAACUUACAUACAAGGACUUCUGAUGGCAGAUUACAAAACAAGAUAUAUUCCAAUAGAAGACAAAAGUGAGGCACUUAAACAGAAAGGAACCAUGGUUUCUGAUAUGGUUGGGGGUAAUGCAUUCGAAAAAAUUUUCAAGAGACCUGCACCUGUUGGAGGCAAAAUACAGCCCAUUCACCCAAUGGACAUUCAGAUGGCAGUGUUUCACUGUGCAGAUAGUUUCCUUCGUCAACUUAUGGUAACAAAACUUUCACAAUGUCAGUAUGCUCUUCCUCUGCUUGUACCCAAUCCGUUUACCCAAGAGAUUGAAUUUCCAUUGUGGACUUUCAGACAAUUUAAGAAAAGCUGGAAGUCACACAAUGAAAACAUCAUUAAAAACCAGACAAUCUACAAGGCUGAGACACCUAUGAUUGCCUUUUUCAGGUUUUCAGCCGUUUCUUCUUCCAAGUCUGAAUUAAUGAACAACUUGAUCAAUGAACGGCAUGACACGUUCUUUCACAGACACUGCCGUGGAAGCACCAAAUCCCGUCUGCUGAUGGAUGGUGUGGUUGAGAUCGCCUGGUACUGCCCGUCCGGAGAGAAAACUGAUAAAUUCCCAGAUUGUAUUGCCUUCUGUAAUCUUCAUGGCGAUGCACAAGAUAAUGAGACACAGCUGCAAAUUCUGACUAAAGAGUCCUCAAUAAAUGUAGUGCUUCUGCCAAAUCUUGAAGAGAGUGACAAAAGUAUGACAAUAAUAGAAACUCUCUACAACAGCACAAAGCCUCUCAUUUGCCUUCUGACUGAAGAAGACUCAGUGGUUUCCAAGGUACAGGAAGGUAAAUAUACAAUUGGCUUGAAUAAGAGAAGUAGAUCAGAUAUAUCAGAGGAACUUAGAGGAAUCAUCAAUGAGUGCCUCUCGAAAUCACUGUCAGUUUUCAAGCUUGAGAGUAUGGGUGAAGAUUCAGAAAUCAUAGUGGAUGAGAAAGAUGACUACUGCAGAAGAGGAAAAGAGGCAGCAGAGCAGAUGAUAAGACUACUGAAGACAAAAGAAAUGUCCAAAAUCAAAGAAACAUUUCUGCCUUGUCAGGGAAAACUAUGGCAUGACUGGUGUCUAAAGAGCAAAGAACUACAUCGACCUCAAGGAGAUAACAUUGAAAUGCAUAAUAGCCAGAAACAAACAGAAAUGCACAAAAUCCGUGAGCAGCAGAAAGAAUUUGGCCUCAGUGAAUUCUCGAAGAUGUUUAUUGAAAAACUAAAUACCAUAAAUGCGGAUGAGAAGAUGUAUUUCCUUAAAUGGCUGGGGAUUCUCCUAGAUGAGUACACUUCGAAAGAUCUAUGCAAGCUUCAUCAUGAGUAUUAUGAAAAAUGGUCAAAAGUGCUGGAUUUGAAAAAGGAACAUGAUAAAUCUGAGCAACUGACAAUAGAACAGAUACAUCUAGAAAAGCUAUCAGAAAAGCUGAAUGCAGCCACAUUUGGCUUGGAGCACAUACUAAGAGAGAUUGGCCAGAUAUAUGAAUCAAAUAUUUCUGCGAACAAGAAAAAUAAAGGAUCUGGAUGUAAACUAGAUGUCAGGCCACUUCCACAGUUUGCUGCAGAGCUCAUGAUCUCCGGAUACCCACUGGAGCUGAUGGAUGGUGAUGCAGCUCAUGUGCCUCUCAUUUGGGUUCAGGCGGUUCUAGGUGAACUUAUUAAAAUGCUGGGUGACCCGAAAGUAUUUGUGUUGUCAAUUUUGGGAAUCCAGAGCACUGGAAAAUCUACCAUGCUGAAUGCCAUGUUUGGAUUGCAGUUUGCAGUCAGUGCUGGUAGAUGCACCAAAGGAGCCUUCAUGCAGCUGGUCAAGGUGUCUGAGGAACUAAAAAAACAGUUAAAUUUCGACUACAUUCUUGUUGUAGACACUGAGGGUCUUCAUGCUCUAGAGUUACCUUGCAGGUCAUCAAGACAUCAUGAUAAUGAAAUGGCAACAUUUGUGGUCGGUCUUGGAAACAUGACAUUGAUCAACAUUUUUGGUGAGAAUCCAGCUGAGAUGCAAGACAUCCUUCAAAUUGUUGUUCAAGCCUUCCUGAGGAUGAAAAAGGUACAACUGAACCCCAGCUGCAUGUUUGUACAUCAGAACGUUGGAGACAUCACAGCGGGCGAGAAGAACAUGGUAGGGAAAAAACACUUGCAGGAAAAACUAGAUGAGAUGACUCAACUAGCUGCUAAAGAAGAAGUCUGUGGCGCAGAAUGUUUUAGUGACGUCAUUGAAUUUAAUAUAAAGACUGAUGUGAGGUACUUUGCCCAGCUCUGGGAAGGCAGCCCACCCAUGGCACCACCCAAUCCAUGUUACAGUGAAAAUGUGCAGGAGCUUAAGAGCACUAUUCUUUCCCGUGCCUCACAAUAUAAAGGUUUGACACUGUCUCAAUUCAAAGAUCGUAUUGGAGACCUCUGGAAUGCUCUUCUGAAUGAAAACUUUGUUUUCAGCUUCAAGAAUACUUUGGAGAUUGCAACAUACAGAAAAUUAGAAGAGGAGUACACAAAAUGGACCUGGAGUCUCAGAAGUGCCAUGCUGGAGAUUGAAGACAAAUUGCACAACAGAAUCAACAACAGGCAGCUUCACAAAGUUGAGAGUCGAGACUUGGAAAAGGAGAUGGCAGAGACCAAUGAAGAGGUAAAAACAUCCAUGAGACAUUACUUUGAAGAACACAAAGAAAGGGAUACGUUGAUUCAGUGGGAAUUGAAAUUUCAAGAAAAAAUCAAGCACUUGCAUUGGGAGCUUGUGAGGGAUGCAAAAGUAAAACUAGAGAACAUCAUCUAUCAAAGGGAAGCUCUCAUUAAACUGGUUGGAGAGAAAACUCUGCAUGAGCGAAAACUCCUUGAAAAAAGCAAAGAACUUGCAUUAAGACUUAAACAAAAAGGUCUAGAUGAGAAAGAGUUGAAGGCACAGUUUGAUUCUGUGUGGGAAACAUGGGUCUCUCGGUUGACAGGGGAUGCUAAACCUUUUGAUGAUCCUAACAUAGAAAGUGACAUAAUUACAAUAAUAUCUGAAAUUCAUGAAAAAGCACUUGUGCGUGACAGAUUAAAUAAAUAUGAACUCCUAUAUCAAAUCACCGAUUUUACCACAUAUGUAAAUCCCAUCAGAAAAUCCUGGAUGAGCAAAACCUUUGGCCUUCCACCAGAAGAACAAGAGUCAAUACAAAAACUGUUGAAAAGUAUUUUUCAUAAAACUGUGAAUCAGGUGUCGUCAAAACCAGUUGCAAAGAUGGGAUACAACAAAAGCUACAUUCAAGAAAUUGCUAAGCUUGUAAAAAUGAAUGUCGGAAACCACAAGUGCAUAAACGCACAAUAUGAAUUCAAGAAAGAGUUCACAGUUGACCUGACAAUCAGUGCUUGUCAGUGGGCAGGUGAGAGGUUUGCCAAGCUCCAUCAGGAGUUCAGAAACACCAAUGAUCCCUUGAUUUAUUUAGAGAGAAAGAAACCAGAAUACUACAGCGUGUUCCAGGGAUUCUGCAAAGGUGCCAAAUCUGUGACAGUAUUUGGAGCCUUGAUUUGUAGUGAGCUGAAAACCCCCAUUCUCCAGAGUGCCUACAACAAGACUGCAAAUGAUCUAGCAGGAGAGAUGCGGACAAAUAUUCCAGCUUUCAAAGGAAACAGGUCAAACCUGGAGAAACACAUUCUGAAAGCACUCGCAGAGGAGGAGGACUUUGCAAAGUUUAUAAAGUACAUACAUUUUCCAAGGGACCACUUUGAAGAUUUCAUCAAAGCUGAAGUGAAAUCUUAUAUAACAGGGCAGAACUCCUCAGCUCUUGCAAUGAUUAAAGAGAAAAUCAAGCACAAGGGACAAUGUGUCAUCACAGCUGCUGAAACGGCAACAGCUAAAGUCAUGAACAAAACAGGAGAUGCCAAUAUGUGGCUGGAGAUCUUCUCAGACUGUCUGAAAGACGAGCUUGAAUACAGUAAAGAUCAUCUCACUGGCAACUGCUGUCAGGACAUCACUGAUUUUGAACUUCUAGUGGAGGUUGUGAAAAGAGAACUUCCUCCCAUAAUAGCAGAGUUGAACAGAGACUUAACAAUGCCCUCUGAUAUUAAAAUGGUAAUGUUCAGGGAACCACCAGAUGAGUUUUUGAUUAAACAUUUCUGCCAGUGCUGCUGGGUCCAGUGUCCCUUCUGUAAAGUUGUCUGUGUCAACACAAUGGAAGACCAUCUUGGGGAUCAUAUUGCUCCCUUCCAUCGUAACUGUGGGAUGAGAGGGAUGAUUUACAAAGGAACAAAUAAUCUCUGCUUGUCAUUCUGCACAUCUUCAGUGGCAAGUGAUGGUUACUUUUACCCAGAUAGUCAAACAGAGGACACAGUUUUAUGGAAGGAGUACAGAACAGCAGGUCCAGAGUUUGAGAACUGGUCCAUCACGCCUGAUCUCUCAGAGCUGCCAUACUGGAAGUGGUUUGUGUGUCGAUUCCAGGCUGAUUUGGAAAAGUAUUAUAACAAAACGUUCAAUGGUUGUGGUAAGAUUCCAAAUGAAUGGAGAACCUACACAAAAGAGCAAGCUAUAGAGAGCUUGGAGAAAUAUCUGUAAGUUUAAUCGCUAGCUUGAAUAUUUAAAUAAACUGUGAAACCACAGUGUCCUAUAAAGCCUGGAGUUUACUGCCAAUAAGUUUUAUUGUUCUUACCACUUUCUAAAGGCCUUUUUAUGAAAAGAUUUCAUUCGAAUUAUGGCAGAUUUGUAGUUAUUUUAUACAUAUAUUACAUGUACCAUUAGUUUCCUUUAACAUUCCAUAGUUUUUUAGUGUAUGUGUGUGUGGAGGGGUGGGGAAUUGGGGUGUAUUGGGUUCAUAAUAAAAAUAAAAAAAAGUCUACUUUAUGUUUGCCUAGUUGUAGUCCGUACUGACAUUUGUUACCUGUAACAUCAUAUUAUUAGUAUUCCAAUGAAAUUACUGUGUACUGUGCUGUUUACUUCAGUGAUUGCAAUAAAGAUGCUUUCAUUUUUUUGAA